UUAGAGCCUCCAAAUUGUAAUCUAAACCUGCAUUAUAUGUGGAAAAAAAAUCCAAACAUGUAGUUUGAGUAUUCAAAGCGAAUAAUUCGGCUAUUAAUCUCUAGACAAAAAAGAAACCUCGACCCAUUUCAGUGUCUAUAUAUAGCCAGGAGAGGUACAAAGUAGUAAUCACUACAACCCUAAGAAGAAGAAAUCAUCAUGAGUUCAAAAAAUAGUAUAGAUAGGAAGCCGAAGCACUAUGUUCUGGUGCAUGGGGCUUGCUAUGGAGCUUGGCUUUGGUAUAAGCUCAAGCCACGCUUGGAAUCUGCAGGGCACAAGGUCACAGUGCUCGACCUUGCAGCUUCUGGAACCAACAUGAAGAAAAUUGAAGAUGUUGACACUUUCUCACAGUACACUGAGCCUUUGUUGCAGCUAAUGGCCACAAUUCCCCCAAAUAAGAAGGUAGUUCUAGUUGGUCACAGUCUUGGGGGGCUCAACAUAGCACUUGCAAUGGAAAAGUUCCCAGAAAAGGUUGCAGUUGGUGUUUUCGUAACAGCUAUAAUUCCAGACAUUGAACACAAGCCAUCCUAUGUCUUGGAAAAGCUCCUUGAGAGUACCCUAGCGACGAAUUUGUUGGACAGUGAAUUCUCCAAGAGUGGAAACAAAACCAUAGUUGUUUUUGGUCCCAAAUUCUUGUCCAAUAAACUCAAUCAAGCCUCCACCAUUGAGGAUAUAGAAUUAGCCAAGACUUUAAUAAGGCCAGGGUCCCUUUUUAUUGAAGACUUGUCCCAACAAAAAAACUUUUCCAUACAGGGAUAUGGGUCAGUUCCUCUUGCUUUUAUCGUUUCCACUGAGGACCAGGAAAUUCCAUUGAAUUUCCAGCAUUGGAUGAUUCAAAAUGCUGGAAUCAAUGUCGAAGUUCUAGAGAUCAAAGGCGCAGAUCAUAUGCUUAUGAUUAGCAAGCCACAAGAACUAUGUGAUUCUCUCCUCCAAAUAGCUACUAAAUAUGCAUGAAUCAUGAGAAUUCAUUUGAAACCACGAGAUGCUUACAAGUAAAAUAAUAUUCGGUUGCAACGACGAGACAGAUAUGAAGUUGUAUUUUUCAUAUGUCAGGAAAAAAAUGAAUGUUGCAAUUUGACCAUGGUUGUGAAUAAAAAUUGAUAAUUCUUUACGUGGAGUCAUGAGUGGUGUUUGGCGGAUGUGAGUGGUAUAUGAGAAUUAGGGAUAAAUGUUACUUUUGUGAGAAUGUUGUUGUGUGUGAUGUGUUGCAAAAUGAUGAAAUUAUAUAUUGGGUGAGAAAGUUUGCUGGGAGAAUUUAAUUAGAUAGUUUGGUGGGAGAGUUAGAUAAGAGAGUUAGGUGGGAGGGUUAGAUCGGAAAAUUAGGUAGAAGCACACUGUUCCACAUCAUUUAUCGAGUUCAUGUGAAUUAUUGAGAUCUGUGUUAAUGUGGUUGUCAAUACAUAUGAGAGAACGGUGUGCACCUGUGCACAUCACAAAAAAAAGUUUGUUCAUUGCA